AUUGGCUAAUGGGGACGGUGGGUGGAGCCGAUCACUGCUGUUUAUAAGCUCCCUCCAUAGGCCGCUCCCUUCUUUUUAGUAGGUACCGUCAACGUUACUGGGAGGCCUGGACUCUGUCCCUUUAGGCCAAAAUGCCAGUUGCCAGGAGUUGGGUAUGUAGGAAGACAUACGUCACCCCAAGGCGGCCCUUUGAGAAGUCACGCCUUGACCAAGAGCUGAAACUUAUUGGUGAAUAUGGGCUGCGUAACAAGCGUGAAGUGUGGCGAGUGAAGUUCACUUUGGCCAAGAUCCGCAAAGCUGCUCGAGAGCUGCUCACCCUUGAUGAGAAGGAUCAGAGGCGUCUCUUUGAGGGUAAUGCAUUGCUGCGCCGUCUAGUCAGAAUUGGGGUGUUGGAUGAGGGCAAGAUGAAGCUGGAUUACAUCCUUGGUCUGAAAAUUGAGGAUUUCCUGGAAAGGCGUCUCCAAACUCAGGUCUUCAAGCUGGGCCUGGCCAAGUCCAUCCACCAUGCCCGAGUACUCAUCCGUCAAAGACACAUCCGUGUAAGGAAGCAAGUAGUGAACAUCCCUUCCUUCAUCGUUCGUCUGGACUCCCAAAAGCAUAUUGACUUCUCCCUCCGCUCACCGUAUGGUGGUGGUCGUCCAGGUCGUGUCAAGAGGAAGAAUGCCAAGAAGGGCCAGGGUGGUGCUGGCGGUGGUGAUGAUGAGGAGGAAGAUUAAGCUAUGGGGUGCCCCCCCUCCACACAUGCUGGUGGGGAAUCAAGCCUGCCUUACUGUAACACAAUAAAAAAAUAUUUGUGGAUAAAA